GUCCACAGCGCAGGCGCGGUGACCAAUGAGCACACUCUCGGUGAGCGGCGAGGGCAAUAUGGCUUCCUGCACCUGGUGACGGUUGAGGAAAUUGACUUUGGUAUCAUGGAGAAAUCGCGGGGCACUGAGGAGACGCCAUCUUCAGAGCCAAUGGAAGAAGAGGAGGACGACGACCUGGAACUCUUCGGGGGCUACGAUAGCUUCCGGAGUUACAACAGCAGUGCGGGCAGUGAGAGCAGCUCCUAUCUGGAGGAGUCGAGCGACGCGGAGAACGAAGACCGCGAGGCAGGGGAGCUUCCCACCUCACCGCUGCCUCUGCUCAGCCCUGGCCAGCCCCGCUCCUUGGAUGGCAGCGGUUCUGAGCCAGCGGUCUGUGAGAUGUGUGGUAUCGUGGGCACAAGAGAAGCUUUCUUCUCCAAGACCAAAAGGUUCUGCAGCGUCUCGUGUUCCAGGAGCUACUCCUCCAACUCCAAGAAAGCCAGCAUCUUGGCUAGACUGCAGGGAAAGCCGCCCACCAAGAAAGCCAAAGUGCUGCACAAGGCAGCCUGGUCUGCCAAAAUUGGAGCCUUCCUCCACGCCCAGGGGACAGGGCAGCUAGCAGAUGGGACACCCACAGGACAAGAUGCUCUGGUCUUAGGGUUCGACUGGGGGAAGUUCCUGAAGGACCACAGUUACAAGGCUGCUCCUGUCAGCUGCUUUAAACACGUACCCCUCUAUGACCAGUGGGAAGACGUCAUGAAGGGGAUGAAGGUGGAAGUCCUCAAUAGUGAUGCCGUGCUCCCCAGCCGGGUGUACUGGAUCGCCUCUGUCAUCCAGGCAGCUGGGUACCGAGUGCUGCUCCGAUAUGAAGGCUUUGAAAACGAUGCUAGUCAUGACUUCUGGUGCAACCUCGGGACUGUGGAUGUCCAUCCCAUUGGCUGGUGUGCCAUCAACAGCAAGAUCCUGGUGCCGCCGCGGACCAUCCAUGUCAAGUUUACUGACUGGAAGACCUACCUCAUGAAGCGGUUGGUGGGCUCCAGGACGCUUCCUGCAGAUUUUCACAUCAAGAUGGUGGAAAGUAUGAAGUACCCCUUUCGGCAGGGCAUGCGCCUAGAGGUCGUGGACAAGACCCAGGUGUCGCGGACCCGCAUGGCUGUGGUGGACACGGUAAUUGGGGGCCGCCUCCGGCUGCUCUAUGAGGAUGGUGACAGUGAUGAUGACUUCUGGUGCCAUAUGUGGAGUCCCCUGAUCCACCCAGUAGGUUGGUCACGGCGUGUCGGCCAUGGCAUCAAGAUGUCAGAGAGACGAUGUGAUAUGUCCCAUCAUCCCACCUUCCGGAAAAUCUACUGUGACGCCGUUCCUUACCUCUUCAAGAAGGUGCGGGCUGUCUACACAGAAGGUGGCUGGUUUGAGGAAGGGAUGAAACUAGAAGCCAUUGACCCUCUGAAUCUGGGCAACAUCUGUGUGGCAACCAUCUGCAAGGUCCUCUUGGACGGCUACCUGAUGAUCUGUGUGGACGGGGGACCCUCCACAGAUGGCUCCGACUGGUUCUGCUACCAUGCCUCUUCCCACGCCAUCUUCCCAGCCACCUUCUGCCAAAAGAACGACAUUGAGCUCACACCCCCAAAAGGGUAUGAGGCUCAGCCUUUCGACUGGGAUACCUACUUGGAGAAGACCAAGUCGAAGGCGGCUCCCGCAAGACUCUUCAACAUGGACUGCCCCAACCACGGCUUCAAAGUGGGCAUGAAGCUGGAGGCUGUGGACUUGAUGGAGCCCCGGCUCAUCUGCGUGGCCACCGUGAAACGCGUGGUUCACCGACUCCUCAGCAUUCACUUCGAUGGCUGGGACAACGAGUAUGACCAGUGGGUGGACUGUGAAUCCCCGGACAUCUACCCUGUGGGCUGGUGUGAACUCACCGGCUACCAGCUCCAGCCGCCUGUGUCUGCAGAACCAAACACACCUCUGAAGGGCAAAGAGGCCACAAAGAAGAAAAAGAAACAAUUUGGGAAGAAAAGGAAAAGGAUCCCAUCAGCCAAGACGCGGCCCGUCAGACAGGGAUCCAAGAAGCCCUUCCUGGAGGAUGACCUGCAGGCUUUGGGGGUCUCGGAGCCCAUUUCUGAUGACAUUAUUGCUGUGUGUGUGAAGGAGGAGGACCAAGACCUCUCUUCGCCUGACCGCUCACCUAGUCCACAGCUGCCUCUCCCCAUCGAGCGCAUCAAGCAGGAGAGGGACAACUGAGCCUCUUCCCUGGUGUCCUCCUGGACCCUUGCUGAAGCCAGGCCUGGCCAUGGAGCAGAGAGGAGGCCCGGCUUUACUGCUGUGCAGUGAACGGACAGCCUGGUCUUCUAGGGCCCACCUCUGCGCACUGGCCAUGCUUACAGACUGGGCAGCUUGAGUUCUAAGCUGGCAGACUCUCUGCAACCUCAGCACACUGGAAAACUGGACUGAUCCACAUGUGUCUACUCAGGCAAGUGGUGGAAGUGAAGUUAGGGAGUGGCUGUGAGUGGGCAGCCCUGGUGGGCACUGGGUGUGAACAGAGCCACCUCUGCCUAAAACAGAUUGAGGGCCUUGUGCCUCC